AUAGAGUAAACCGGAAGUGUGUACAAGACGGGAAAUCAACGGAGAGCUUGCUGGAGGACUAGAGACUUCGUGGAAUCAGCUGACGGUAGAAGAGCAGAGCCUGCGCUGUCAUGGAUCCGAAGCAACCGGAGGAAGAUGAGGUCAUGGACGAGUUUAUGGAUAAAUUCCGGACGCAGAAGUACAAGGCGGCGUUUAAUGAGGACAACUGGGAGGAGGAGUUUGAGAAGGUUCCCAUGUUCAUGAAGAAAGCUCCAGAGGAAAUUGACCUGGAAAACACCCCGGAGUUGGCCUGCCUCCAGUCUAUGCUCUUUGACAAUGAAGAACAAGCCAAAUCCUAUAAAGAAGAGGGAAAUGACUACUUUAAAGAAAAGAAUUACAAGAAAGCCAUCACUGCUUAUACAGAGGGCAUCAAGAAGAACUGCAAGGAUGCAGAGCUGAACGCGGUGCUGUACACAAACAGGGCAGCGGCACAGUUUUAUUUAGGAAACUAUCGCUCUUCUCUGAAUGAUGCCGUUGCUGCAAGAAAGCAGAAGCCUGACCACUUAAAGGCUGUGAUUCGAGGUGCUCUGUGCUACAUGGAGAUUAAGAACUACCCGGACGCACUGAAGUGGUGCGAUGAAGGCUUAAAGAUCAGUCCAACCGAGAGGAAACUUUUAGAAACAAGGACAAAAGCAGAUAAACUUCAUAGGACUGCAGAACGAGACGGCAGGAAGUUGAGACAGGCAGAAAAAAAGAAGCAGGCAGAGAAAGACUCUCUUCUCCAUGCAAUUAAGGAUCGAGGAAUAAAAUUACUUGAACAAAGUAAGAAGAAAGACGACGGUGAAGAGGAGGAGACAUUGGGGGCAUUGCACAAUGGUAUCUCCUGUUGUGAAAAUGUAACUGGAGCACAAGUCUUUUUAGAUGAAAAUGGACGGCUUCAUUGGCCUGUGCUGUUCAUUUACCCGGAACACAGUCAGACAGACUUCAUCUCUGCAUUUCAUGAAGACUCCAGAUUUAUAGAUCAUCUGAUUGAAAUGUUCUCACAAGAUUUGCCCCCAUGGGAUACAGACCAAAAAUACUUUGCUCACAAUCUAGAGAUCUUCUUCGAGGAUGAAAAAUCGCAGUUCUUUUACCAGGUGAACCCAGAGAGCACAUUACUCCAGGUCAUGCAGCAUGGCAGGUUUUUUGUGAAAGCCGGGACCCCAUCCUUCCUCAUUUCUGUGAAGCAAUCCCCCUUCUGCAAAAAGUAUUUUUCAGACAAAAAACUUCACAGGAUACGGUGAUUCUGUAAGGAUGUCUGAACUUUGAACAGCGACAUAAUGUCAUGUCAACCUGAGAGGAGGAUGUGAUGCAGAUUCUAUAUUGUUACUGGAGGCCUCGGCACCAUAUUCAGUCCUCUCUGAAUCCACGACAAAAGCGCAGCAGUAAAAUCAGGAUACCCCUGGGGUUAAAGGGCUUGUCGGGAAUUUGGGAAAACAGGACUUUGUUCAUCCAAAAACAACGCUACGUCUGCCCAUAGGUUAAGGCUGGUAUUGCAGUUGAGCCUUAUUCACUUCAAGACCCGUCUGCUUUGGCUCAUAAAAUAGGAGACCCCACUCUAUGAUAUCCUUAUGACCAAAGGGUAUAGAAGGGGAGACAACUCCUUCAAUCACCAGACAUCAACAUGUCCUCACUUCUGUUAGACCUUUCCAUUAAAUGGAGUGUGUCACCAGGGAGUUCACGGUUACACCAGGCACCAUGCCUUUCACUUAAAGCCCCUUUAGACGGAACAAUUCAUCAGGCGACUGUCAGGAAGGAAUCGUAUGUGGAGGAGCGAUUGGUAAUGCCAUUGCUCGUCCCCAUAUUGAAUCGUUGUUUACACAGCACCGAUCUGCUGCUGCCGGCAAAAAAGUAUUUUUGUGACUGCGUGAAUUAUGAGAUU